ACUCCCAGUGUUUGUUCCCAGACAGCCAGUCAGUGAGCAGCAAGGAAGAGACUCCAAAGAGCUGGACAGCAACCGCAACGCGCCUCAAACAUGAACAGCAGCUACAAAGAGACGGGUCUCCUUCAGUCUGGGGUCUGGCCCUCUGUAGGAGGGUGCGGCCCUGUGUCCAGGCCCCGUUGUCCCCUCGUCUGACCAGGGCUGUAGUAGACCUGGACACACAGCCGCUGCUCACUGACAGGGAACAAACAGUGAACUAUGGAUCAGGUUCAGCCUGUUAGCGACACGAACCAGAACUUUGAACCCGAGUCACGGUCUGACCCUGGAACAGAGCCUGGCCCUGGUGACAAGAGGAGGACUCCCUCUUGUAUACCCUCGUCCUGUUCAGGUGUUUGUCGCUCAACCUGGCGGUGGGCGGGCCUUGGAAGGCUGACUCUAAAUGCCUUUAGAAACAUGGAGCGCAGCCGUGUUUUCUCGUCUUUCUCAACUCUGGGCGGAACCGACAGAAAAGCCCGGUGUUACUUCCACCGCCCAACAACACAGCAAACUUCCUCAAACUUGCUCCACCACUUCCUCCCUGCUCUCGGACUUCUUCCUCUUCACUGGCCCCGCCUGCCCGCCUCACACCGACAUUGAGAUCCGCUGUCCCUCCCGCACACACAUACACCCCCACACCCACGCACUAAGCGAGACUGAGCGGAGCUGUGCGCCCAGGAAGGAAGACUAAAGACCGACGGACGAUGGGACGUCACGUGUCUCUGAACAAACUGUGUUAACUGAAGGAAACUGAAGUGUCUCUGGCAGCAGGAGCAGGACGAGCUAACCAAUCAGACGUGAACUCACAGGUUACUAAAGGCUCAGAGGUCGUCAUGCAGUCUGUAAAGUGUGUGGUUGUAGGUGAUGGCGCUGUAGGAAAGACCUGCCUCCUCAUCUCCUACACCACCGGAGCUUUUCCCAAAGAGUACAUCCCCACUGUGUUUGACAACUACAGCAGCCAGGUGACUGUGGAUGGUAGGAUCAUCAGCCUGAACCUGUGGGACACGGCGGGUCAGGAGGAGUACGACCGGCUGAGGACGCUGUCCUACCCCCAGACCAACGUCUUCAUCAUCUGCUUCUCCAUCUCGAGCCCGGCUUCCUACGAGAAUGUCAAACACAAGUGGCAUCCAGAGGUGUCUCACCACUGUCCCGGCGUCCCCAUCCUGCUGGUCGGCACAAAAAGCGACCUCCGAAACGAUGCAGAGAUUCAGAGGAAGCUGAAGGAGCAGAACCAGACGCCAGUCACCCACCAGCAGGGCGCCGCCCUCGCCCGCCAGAUCCACGCCAUCCGCUACAUGGAGUGCUCGGCCCUCAACCAGGACGGCAUAAAGGACCCCACCGUCAGCAAGAAGCCCUGCAUCCUGCUGUAG